GUUCUUGAGCGGAGGUCGAGAGAGGGACAUAUGGACUCCACACACACACCGGAAAGAGGCACACGGCGCUCCGUUCAGCCUUGAUCACGACCGAGUGACGGAAGAAGAGAGACUAUAAGUGGAGAGAGUGAAAAUCGAGGCUGAGAUUGACUGAAGAUGCUGCUGAACGAGGAUGCUGGGAUCGGGAAACCCGGGCAUCACAGCAGCCUCCUGAAGAUGACAACACAACCUCUUUCUAGCGUCUUCUGAAUCACAACGUCUUCACUGCCCUCUUUCUUGGAUCAGACGGAGAGUUUCUGGAGAGCAACUUUAAGGGCCAUGGAAGUGGGACUAAAGGAUUGAUUACUGAAGAGAACUUUCGAAGAAGCGAAUACCAGAUGGAUCCUGUUUAGCUUUAAGAUAAGGAUGAGGUGAACGCAAAGAAGCAAAACUCAAGGACAAAUGUGAGGGAGAAUUCAGUUUGAAGAGAUGCAUGGUCUAGUUCUAUCUUGUCAAGAUGUGCUACACCAGCAAGGACAGUGGACAAAUUAAAAUCGAAAAGUGGGACAUUAAAGAUGUUGGGAUAUCUUCUCUCGGGUCAGCCUAAAAAGUGUCUCCCAUUCAGGUUUUAUUUUUCUGGAUAUUUUUGGAUAUUACUGCAGAUGAACAUCGUGAGAGCUCAGAUUUUUUUUAUCCUCUUGGCCAUGAAACCAUAAUGCAGAGAUUUACGAUGUACUUUCGAGCUACCCUUGCCAAAGUUUCAUUCUGUUCUGGACUUGCACAAUGAGUGUGUACCACCUGUGCGCAAAGGGUGUCUCUGCCAUCUUCACUUGCGCUCGCAGAGAGAAUUUAAGUGCCCCUGUGGACUAAUGGGGUUGAUGCUCAGGAUACACCUCGUCCUUCUCUUGCUUUUAUGGACAAACUCUUUGUGCUAAAAUCAACAUCAUCUCUGACAGGAUUACCACAGAGAUAUCCUACAAAAACCCUUAGUCAUGUGACCAGGGGACAGGACCAGUCACAUGCUCUUCUGUCAUCGGCUGGUCUGCUUUAUUUGAUAUUUUUUUGGUACUGCAACGUUUAUCUUGUUCGGAGUGUGCUGUAACAACCUUUUUUUAAACUAAUGAAAGCUUAAUUUGCAUUCGCUUUGUGGAAAUAGACAAAAACCAAGAGAAAUUUUUGUAUUUACAUAUAUGGUUCAUAAAGUACUCACUCUCGGAUAACAUGGUGAGCAAAGAGCCCAACAUUUUGCCAACUGUUCACAGCCAAAGCAAUGGCAACCCAGACAAAGCCGGCCCCACCAUAACUGUGCGCUCUGUGCUACUCAACCGGAACUCUCCGGAUAUCGAAAACAGACUUAAACGCAGACGAAAUCGCACACAACAGGUGCGCUUUAAAGAUUUGGAGGAUGACGAGUCUAAGGACAAAAACAACAAAGUUAGAAGUAAGAGCCCAACGGAGGAUCCAAACUGGCAAAAGGAGUUGAUGAAUGGGCCAUCUCUGGUGGGAUCCGUCCGUGGGGACAUGGAAAAGACUAUAGGGGCAGUGACAGCGUUUCUAAAGAGAGCACCGCCGCAUCCACUCACCCCCGGGCCCACCAGACGCUGCUGGGUCCCGACACAUCCGUGUGCUCUCACACUGCCACUGCCAAGUCAGCCAUGCAGGAGUACAGCCAUCCAAACCUCACCCAGUUUGCAAAAACCUCCCUCGCUUUCAGCCACACAGACUCGCAGUCACAGCUUUGGGGAAGGAGUGGGGGAAAGCUGGGAUGAUGAAUACUCUUCUGAUGAGCUGACUGCACGUCUCUACUUUCCACCUCGUAGAUCACAUCAGAGAGACCCUGGGCAACAGAAUUCCCCCGCUGAGCAAUCAAGGUGCCAGAAAACUGAGGACAAUCGAACUGCAUCUUUGGAUACAACAAAACAACGCCUACCACCGCACAAACACUCUAGAAGGAGAGGAAGGAGGAAAUUGUUAAACAGAGCUGCAAGUGAUCCUGGGAAACCUGAGCCUCCUUGUACUUGCCCAUCUGAAACUGCUGACAGAAAACACGAACAGUCUAACCAAUCCAAGAAAACCCAAUCUAAAGGUGUGGCACACAGAACUUCAAAUGUUCCCCUACACCGUUCCCCCACCCCCAACAUACUUCAUCAUGUUCCGUGUAGUGUUUAUUCCACACAGUCUGAACCAAGCUGCAAUGCAAAAAUCCAAACAUUCUCAGACCACACAGACUCUUGGCCAUCUCAAACAGCAGCCCCACCUAAUGCAGAAGCCCCUCAAACGUUAUCCACUUGUCCCAAAGAAACUCAAAAUGUACCAUCACAAUUUUGUCCACCACAGGCCGUUUCACCCUCUUUGACACAAGGAAAGCACUGCAGUUUAACCCCUACUGUAUCCCAAACUUUGUGCAUUACCACAACGCAAGUCACAUUAUCCUCAACACAUGGGCAGUCAAGCACGUCUCUCAGUGAAACUUCAGUGCGUUGUUGCACUCCUGCUGUUCAAACUGUGACAAAUUGUAAAACUGCUCCAGUUCCCGAGUCCUGCUGCAUUUCAGAAUCUCGUACAGAACUAGUAAACCCUGUGAGAUCCAGCCCUGGUUGCAAGAUAUUGGAGGAAUGCUUCAGUAAUAUUGGCAAAAAUGAACCUUCCUGUUCUCAAGGAGCAUCUGUUGUUGCCUCCUCAUUUGGUUUUGCACAUCCUCGCCAAAAGGCUCUAACAAAACCGAUGGCAUGCUAUAACACCCCGAUCCAACCUGUGCCUACUGUAAUACCUUCAACACAAUCUGUGCCAAACAGUAAGGUCCCUAAACCAUCUCUUCCUGCACCCUACUGCGUCGCAGAUAUACAAACUGUACAAACGACUACGUUGACUACACACACCCCAACACCAAUACGGUCUGUACCAUACUGUGUUAAAGACAAAUCCCCAGCCCCCGCAAGUUCUCAUACAGAACCUAUGCUGUCCCAUAAAGUUCCCACAGAAACCCUUCUUCACAGUGCAAUGUCAUUUCCUCCAGGCCCUUCGUACUCACACUUGAAGACCUCCAUUCCAGGUGUGUCACACAUCAUUCCCAUCGCACAAACUGCAGUGCAUUGCAUUUUAGAUCCACAAAAUGCCGGAACUGCAGUGACUCCUUCCCUCCCCAUUCUAAUUUGCAGCCGGUCCACCCAACCCUCACCAGGUGCCAUGCAAUCAUUGGCACACUGCAACGCUUCUUGCGGCAACCCCCCUCAAAUUGUGCAAAACUUUAAGACCCCUCCUCAAACUGUACCCCACUCCAAGUCAUUUCCACAAAACAUGUCACCUGUUCUCUCCUCACGUGAGGCUGUGAAGUACAUUGGUGUACCCCAGGAAACUGUGCUUCCCAAUUUCAGGCAUUCCUUACCUCCUUAUGCCUGUCCUCCUCAGACUGCUCUGCUGUACUCAAACACGGGGGCAAGCCCCCUCCCAGCUCAGGCCUUCUGUAGUACUCAGGACAGACGAGACAGGAGAGAGUUUAUGCUUCCUCCCCCACCUCCUCCUCCUCCUCCAUACACUCCACGGAAAGAGGGCUCCUCGACUCUGGGACAGCUUGUCAAGCCUCCUGUCGCAAAGGUGGACAGCAACAACGCUGAAAAGGACAAAGGGAAAGCUGGGACGACAAAGUCAAAGGGUGAAGCAAGAACUGAUGAAAUCCCUCCUCCUAUCCCUCCCAAAAGUAAAGCGAGAGCUAUGGUGAAACCCACCUGUUUAGGCAGCCGGCGAGCAAUCCUGGGCACAGAAUCCCAGUCCAACGCCAACCACCUGCCUUCAGCUGCAGGGCCGACCCCUCAGGCCCCCCUCGGACAAGCGGAGGGCCAAGCAGACACCCUGCGACAGGUGCAGGAACUGCUGGGGGGGCUCAUGUCUGGGGCAAAGUGUAAGCUGGAUCUGGCAAAGGCAAAAGAGAAACUGUUUGGCCCAAACGGCCCUCUGUAUGACAUAGGGACUCUGCAGUCUCAGCUGCACAGCCUGGAGGGGGUGUUGGAGACCAGCCAGAACACCAUCAAGGUUUUGCUGGACGUCAUUCAGGAUCUGGAGAAGAAGGAGGCAGAGCGAGACGGAAAACAGUGUCAUGCAGGUUUGGAACAACAUGGAAGGCAUUCAUAUCGAACGGGACAGGACAUUGAGAACUGUGGCACAUGCAGAGACUGUGCCUGUAUCAUAUACAGUGUGGAGCAUGACUUCCGUCUUCAGGAGGGACAGGUGACCCGGGCGUGGAAGGUUCCCGAGCAGCAGGAGUCGGAGCAGAGCUCUCCUCAGCUUGUCUUUCAUCCUCCACGCCAGCAGGAGUCUCCACAAGCCCUGCAGACAGUCAAAAAGAGCCGCAGGAAGUGCUUUUGGUUUCUGUGAACUCUUGGGUAGCGAGGAGUGAUCAGUCAAUGCGGGGAAACGUUAUAAACCAACCUCAAGCCUCUUCUCUAUGGCUCCCUCAGUUCUACAUUUUAAGAUCAGGAUUAAUUUAGGCUUUGCUAUUUUUUUAUUAAAAGUAUGUGAAGAGAAUGUCUUCAAAACUUCACUUUAAAAGAAUAAUUCACUCGAGCCUCAAAUGGUGUUUUUUUGGACGUGAACAGAAAUAAAGAUCUGUCAUUGUACCGAACACAGAAAUGUGAAUCUAGAACUGUACGCUUUUUUAAAUCAGUUAUUCCAUCAACCUUGCAAGGUUUCAUAAAAUAAAACGCAACAAAAAUGUAACAAUGGCGGUAAAAAUUCUCCUUCCGCACAGCAAUGUAGUUUUGCAAUGUAACAAACUGGUUACCAAGCAACACAGGUGGAAUGGUGUGAUGUAAUGCUCCAACAGGUGUAUGUUUCCCAAAUGGCUUUGACUGUGACUGAACCAAUCAGGACCUUUUUUAAAUAUUAAUUUUAAUUUGAUGAUAAAUCCUUUUUGAACAAAACAUACAGAUGGUGAUUUUCACAGUUGGUAUCACCAAGUUACAGCUUUUAAAAUAAUUGCUACGUAUUUUAUAUAUUUCAUAAUUUUCAGUUUUUAUAUUGCCCAUACUCUCUGUACUAAGUUGUACUGUAUCUAAUAUAAAGCUAACCCAAAUAAAGUUGAAUUGAAUGAACAACACACAAUAUGGGAGCAAAAUGACUUGAGGAUGAGUAAAUGGGAUGAGAGAAGAGGUUUUUGGUUGGUUCAUGUUCCAGUUCUUACGAACUGAAGAUGCAUGAAGUACACAGAGACAGUUACUGUGGGACUACAUAAAAACGAGACAUGAUAUGAAGAUACGUGAGAUGAAGUGAAGAUACACGAGAAUAUCAGCUGAUUCGUCAUUUUUGAGCAAUGAGGGUUAAAACACCAGCUUUUAUACUAUUAAUUACAUCCAUUACUCCACAAGCUUCGCGCUUUUAUGUAGAGGAUCUAACAACCACACACGCACCGCAAUAUUUAAGGCAGAGAUAAAGUGGAUUUUAAGUGUGACAUUUCAUUCUUUAUGAAUGCUUAAUUUCAAAACCCAUUAAAAGCUCUGUAAAAUAUUUUACUACACAAUAACUGUCUGACAUGUUGUUUUUUAGUGUCGGGUUAUUAUGGCCUGUUCAAAACACAACAGUGAAUGCUUUUAGUCAUAAACACUUUGCAACAUAACGUUUAUGAUAAUUCAUAAAUUAUUUGAAUGGUUGUUAAGCCACAACCACAAUAAUGCAAAACUAUAUAUUCAUGGUAUCUCAAAUUGACAAUAAUCAACAACCUAACUAUUCUGUUUCACCAUCAAGUUUUUUCCAAGAUUUGAUGGAGUUCUCAGUUUUUUAAUUGAAGUCUCAAUUUAGUCUCAGAUGUUUCUCUCAAAGUCUUUAUGAGACAUGAAGACAGAAACAAAUGAGAUGGGAAUGAAGAGUAUGGAGGUUUACAAUAAAUGUAGAUUGUGGAGGUUUUGGACUAAUUUGAUGAGAGAUGUUUGAGUUCAUAUAGAUAUUUUCAAUAAAAUUGACUUUUGAAUUGCAGACCUAACAGA